AAAGGGCUCGAGGGGAGUCCCGAAGGAGAAGCAGAUGGCAAGGCCCGAUGAGAGAAAGGGAAAGUUAAGGAUGCUGGAGCAGAACAAUGGAUUUCUCUUUCUCUUUCAUGCAAGGGAUCAUGGGAAACACAAUUCAGCAACCACCUCAACUCAUUGACUCCGCCAACAUUCGUCAGGAGGAUGCCUUUGAUAACAACAGUGACAUUGCUGAAGAUGGUGGCCAGACACCAUAUGAAGCUACCUUGCAGCAAGGCUUUCAGUAUCCACCUACAACAGAAGAUCUUCCUCCACUCACAAAUGGCUAUCCACCAUCAAUCAGCAUGUAUGAAACUCAAACCAAAUACCAGUCAUAUAAUCAGUAUCCCAAUGGAUCAGCCAAUGGCUUUGGUGCAGUUAGAAACUUUAGCCCCACUGACUAUUACCAUUCAGAAAUUCCUAACCCAAGGCCACAUGAAAUUCUGGAAAAACCUUCCCCUCCACAGCCACCACCUCCUCCUUCGGUACCACAAACUGUGAUUCCAAAGAAGACUGGCUCACCUGAAAUUAAACUAAAAAUAACCAAAACUAUCCAGAAUGGCAGGGAAUUGUUUGAGUCGUCCCUUUGUGGAGACCUUUUAAAUGAAGUACAGGCAAGUGAGCACACAAAGUCAAAGCAUGAAAGCAGAAAAGAAAAGAGGAAAAAAAGCAACAAGCAUGACUCAUCUAGAUCUGAAGAGCGCAAGUCACACAAAAUCCCCAAAUUAGAACCAGAGGAACAAAAUAGACCAAAUGAGAGGGUUGACAUUGUAUCAGAACAACCACAGGAAGAUCCAGUACUAAAAGAAGAAGCCCCAGUUCAACCGAUACUCUCUAAUGUUCCAACAACAGAAGUGUCCACAGGUGUUAAGUUCCAGGUUGGUGAUCUUGUUUGGUCCAAGGUGGGAACCUAUCCUUGGUGGCCUUGUAUGGUUUCAAGUGACCCCCAGCUUGAGGUUCAUACCAAAAUUAACACAAGAGGUGCCCGGGAAUAUCAUGUCCAGUUUUUUAGCAACCAGCCAGAAAGGGCAUGGGUUCAUGAAAAGCGGGUACGGGAGUAUAAAGGUCAUAAACAGUAUGAAGAACUACUGGCUGAGGCAACCAAACAAGCCAGCAAUCACUCUGAGAAACAAAAGAUUCGGAAACCCCGACCUCAGAAGGAACGAGCUCAAUGGGAUAUUGGCAUUGCCCAUGCAGAGAAAGCAUUGAAAAUGACUCGAGAAGAAAGAAUAGAACAGUAUACUUUUAUCUAUAUUGAUAAACAGCCCGAAGAGGCUUUAUCCCAAGCAAAAAAGAACAUUGCCUCCAAAGCUGAAGUUAAAAAAACCCGAAGACCAAGAUCUGUGCUGAAUACUCAGCCAGAACAGACCAAUGCAGGGGAGGUGGCCUCCACACUAUCAAGUACUGAAAUUCGGAGACAUAGCCAGAGGCGGCACACGAGUGUGGAAGAGGAAGAGCCACCUCCAGUUAAAAUAGCCUGGAAAACAGCGGCAGCAAGGAAAUCCUUACCAGCUUCCAUUACAAUGCACAAAGGGAGCCUGGAUUUGCAGAAGUGUAAUAUGUCUCCAGUUGUGAAAAUUGAACAAGUAUUUGCUCUUCAGAAUGCUACAGGGGAUGGGAAAUUUAUUGAUCAAUUUGUUUAUUCAACGAAGGGAAUUGGUAACAAAACAGAAAUAAGUGUCAGGGGGCAAGACAGGCUUAUAAUUUCUACACCAAACCAGAGAAAUGAAAAGCCAACACAAAAUAUAUCAUCUCCUGAAGCAACAUCUGGUCCUACAGGCUCAGUAGAAAAGAAACAACAGAGAAGAUCAAUUAGAACUCGUUCUGAAUCAGAGAAAUCCACUGAGGUUGUGCCAAAGAAGAAGAUCAAAAAGGAGCAGGUUGAAACAGUUCCUCAGGCUACAGUGAAGACUGGAUUACAGAAAGGUGCCAGCGAGAUUUCAGAUUCCUGUAAACCUCUAAAGAAAAGGAGUCGCGCCUCAACUGAUGUAGAAAUGACUAGUUCCACAUACAGAGACACAUCUGACUCCGAUUCUAGAGGACUGAGUGAUCUGCAGGUAGGCUUUGGAAAGCAAGUAGAUAGCCCUUCAGCUACUGCAGAUGCAGAUGCUUCUGAUGUGCAGUCCAUGGAUUCAAGUUUGUCAAGAAGAGGCAUGGGAAUGAGUAAGAAGGACACUGUGUGUCAGAUCUGUGAAAGCUUUGGUGACCCUCUGAUUCCUUGUGAGGGAGAAUGCUGCAAAUACUUUCACCUGGAGUGCCUGGGAUUGACUUCACUCCCUGAUGGAAAGUUCAUCUGCGUGGAAUGUAAAACCGGGCAGCACCCAUGUUUUUCGUGUAAGGUGCCUGGUAAAGAUGUGAAACGUUGUUCUGUUGGUGCUUGUGGGAAGUUUUAUCAUGAAGCCUGUGUUCGCAAAUUCCCCACUGCCGUCUUUGAAUCAAAAGGAUUCCGCUGUCCCCAGCAUUGCUGCUCUGCCUGCUCCAUGGAGAAAGAUAUCCACAAAGCAAGUAAAGGCCGCAUGAUGAGAUGUUUGAGAUGUCCAGUUGCCUAUCACUCUGGAGAUGCUUGCAUUGCAGCUGGGAGCAUAUUUGUAACCUCCUACAUUCUCAUCUGUAGUAAUCAUUCCAAAAGGAGCAGUAAUUCUUCUGCUGCUGUAAAUGUAGGCUUUUGUUUCGUUUGUGCCAGAGGGCUGAUAGUGCAGGACCAUUCAGACCCCAUGUUCAGUUCAUAUGCCUAUAAGUCCCACUACCUACUGAAUGAAUCAAAUCGUGCUGAGUUGAUGAAAUUACCUAUGAUUCCUUCUUCGUCAGCUUCCAAAAAGAAAUGUGAGAAAGGUGGAAGACUGCUCUGCUGUGAAUCGUGCCCAGCUUCCUUCCACCCGGAGUGCCUGAACAUAGACAUGCCAGAAGGCUGCUGGAAUUGUAAUGACUGUAAAGCUGGCAAGAAACUACAUUACAAGCAGAUUGUUUGGGUCAAAUUGGGAAAUUACAGAUGGUGGCCAGCAGAGAUCUGCAAUCCCAGGUCUGUGCCACUGAACAUCCAGGGCCUUAAACAUGACUUGGGGGACUUCCCUGUGUUCUUCUUUGGUUCCCAUGAUUACUAUUGGGUCCACCAAGGCAGAGUGUUCCCUUAUGUUGAAGGAGACAAAAGCUUUGCUGAGGGACAGACUAGUAUUAACAAGACCUUCAAAAAAGCACUGGAAGAAGCUGCAAAACGUUUCCAGGAAUUGAGAGCAGAAAGAGAAAGUAAAGAAGCCCUAGAGAAUGAAAAAAUCUCAAAAAAACCCCCUCCUUACAAGCAUAUCAAAGCUAACAAAGUAAUAGGAAAGGUACAGAUCCAAGUUGCUGACCUGUCAGAGAUUCCCCGCUGUAACUGCAAACCAGCUGACGAAAACCCUUGUGGCUUGGAAUCGGAGUGCCUGAACAGAAUGUUGCAGUAUGAGUGUCACCCGCAGGUGUGCCCUGCUGGAGAUCGUUGUCAGAAUCAGUGCUUUACCAAGAGGCUGUACCCUGAUGCGGAAAUCAUCAAAACGGAGCGAAGAGGCUGGGGCCUUAGGACCAAAAGAAGCAUUAAGAAGGGUGAAUUUGUAAAUGAAUACGUUGGUGAAUUAAUUGAUGAAGAAGAAUGCAGACUGCGAAUCAAGCAAGCUCACGACAACAGUGUAACUAAUUUUUAUAUGUUAACUGUUACCAAGGACCGUAUAAUCGAUGCUGGCCCAAAAGGAAAUUACUCUCGCUUUAUGAACCACAGUUGUAAUCCAAACUGUGAAACACAAAAGUGGACAGUAAAUGGAGAUGUUCGAGUUGGACUUUUUGCUCUUUGUGAUAUUCCUGCAGGGAUGGAGUUAACAUUUAAUUAUAACUUGGAUUGUCUGGGCAACGGCAGAACGGAAUGUCACUGUGGGGCAGAUAACUGCAGUGGUUUUCUAGGAGUGCGACCAAAGUCGGCAUGUGUGUCAACAGCUGAAGAAAAGGCAAAAAAUGCUAAGUUAAAGCAGAAGAGACGAAAAAUCAAAACAGAACCAAAGCAAAUGCAUGAAGAUUACUGUUUUCAGUGUGGAGAUAGUGGAGAGUUGGUCAUGUGUGACAAAAAAGACUGUCCCAAAGCAUACCACCUCCUAUGCCUUAACCUGACUCAGCCACCAUAUGGGAAGUGGGAGUGCCCGUGGCAUCAGUGCAAUGAGUGCGGCACUGCAGCUGUUUCUUUCUGUGAGUUCUGUCCACAUUCGUUUUGUAAAGAUCAUGAAAAGGGAGCUCUGGUUCCCUCCGCACUGGAAGGUCGCCUCUGCUGCUCUGAACAUGACCCCGUGUCUCCUGUGUCAUCAGAAUACUGGAGCAAGAUAAAAUGUAAAUGGGAAUCACAAGAUCGUGGAGAAGAAGUAAAAGAAUAAAUGAUGGCGUUCCCUCCUUUCUAUUAAAAUGAGAAAAAAGAAAAAGCAAAUAGCAUUCAAAAAGAAGAGACUGCUACAGUGCAUACAGCCUUUGCCAUCGGAACUGCCUUAUUAAAGCAAAAAUGGGAAACCAGUUCAUGCAGGCAGAAGCAGUUAGUGUCUGGUUUUUCUGUUGUUUUGUUGGUUUAGGGAUUCUUUUGUGGCGGGUUCAAUUCCCUUGGUCUCUUCUUGCCUUUUAUUGUGCUUCAAUGCCUUUGCAGCUGGAAAAGAAAUGGCUUUGCUUUUAAAAUAGGAACAAAGAAAAAAGAAAGUUUUGUUAAUGAGAUAAAUGUAAAGUCUAAGAUGUGUUACUUGGUUGUAUAAAGCAAAAGUAGCCAUCAUUCCUUUAUUUAUUUUCAUUUUUAGGAAUUUGAGAAGUGUAAUUCAAAUAGUCUAAUCAAGUGUAUGUAUGUGUGUGUGUUUUAAGUAGGAAUUGGAGAAAGCCCUCUAGAAAAGGGUAAGAUAAUCUUUAUAUACCUCUUUACUGAGCAGUAGGUUAGGCUAACUUCUCUUUCCCUUCAAAAUGUUUUUCAUAGUCUUAGGGAAGGGCUCUAUGGAAGUUUUAAAUCUGGCCUCUAGAAAACAAAUGCCUCGAUGGAUUUUACCUCUGUGGUCUUAAACUAGGUGGGCUUUGUGACAUGGUAACUUUACCUGAAAAGAUAUAUAAUGCGUUUUUUGGUUUGUUUUGGAGGAAAAAAGGAAUGGAUGUGCUCACUGAUUUUUUAAAAAUGUUUUCCAUUGACAUUGGGGUUUUUUGAUGAAGUGCGUUUAUGUGGAUGUGAAUGCAUAGUUAGAAUGGUCACUCCUAUUACCCUGACACACUGAUAAAGGCGGCUGAAGGGAGAUUAAAGGCGCAAACCAAAAGUUGGAUCAUAUAAGAAUCAUUUUCUGUCCAAUUUUAUGUAGACCCUAGUCUGACUUGGAGAGAAUUAUGGGCAUUUUAUUUUUUGUCUCUGUUUCCCUCUCCUAAUCAAAUUUUUCCUUUGUCAACUAACCAUUCAGUCUUGUUUCCUGGUGAAACUACAUAAACGAAUUUGAAUUGUACUUGAAUAGAUCUUUUUGGUUGGGUUACUAAUUUUGGAGGUGAAAGCAGUAAGGGCAUCAUCCAAGUAUAUGUAAACAGUUUCUAUUUAGUGUUACCCAAUACUUAAAAUUGUUUCCAUUGAGUAAGGAGAACAUCUACCUUUACAGGGUACCCAAGAACCACACAAACACACUUCAUCUUAGGAAACACUUGGAGAAAACUCCCAAGAAAGUCAGUGUUAGCAAAAAUGGUUGACUGUGAUGCUUGAAUCUUACAGAUGCGAGUAUACCAAGAUGUCUGCUCACAAACUCACUUGCUUUUAAUGCUUAGGAAUAUGUAUAUUCCAGUAUUCCUUGUAUGAAAUAAUUAGUAAUGUCAGACAUUGUUGUAACACUGUACUAAGUAGAAGUCUAGGGUUAGCUUGAAUGAACGUUAACUUCUCUGUGAAUUUUGACUGCUUUCAAGUGCUGGUACCUGGUAGCAUUUAUUUUCCCUCAAGAAGUACCUAAUAACCUUAUGAAGGAGAGUGGAAGCUCUACCACAUUCCUUCCAUUGUAUUAUGCGCGUUCCAUUUUCUUACCGAUUUAGAGCUCUUCUCUAGAAAGAAGAGGGAAAAAAGCUGUUUGUGCCUCUUUUUUUGGUAUGUAAAUGUGCAAUUAUACUGGGUUUUUUUCUCUUGUAAAAAAAAGAACACUACAAUUAUUUUACUUAAGCUCCUAAACUGCCAUUUGCCUGAUUCCAGCAAUUAAUUCUGAGGUGACUUGUUGGGCUUCCAAUAAUUCUGUUGAUUAGAUAUGGUCCCAAAAGUAAGAGCAAAAUGAAAAAUGCUAUACAGGUCACCAAAUAUAAUUGCUACAAGUAACAUGAAAUACAGCUCACCAAAACACUAAACUUUGCUCUUGAGCAAUUAUAUAGUUUGAUGUCCUUUUAAAAAAUAAUUUAAGAAAAUCUAGGUUUUAUCAUACUAAAAUUUUAUUUUAUAAAUAUAUAUGAUAACUAUUUGGGUUUUUUAACUUACAUAAGGAUUUCCUUUAGUAUUCCAAAUGCAUCUCUUGUUGAAACAAUAUCCAACAUGAAAUCCAUGAAAUCUUAUCUCCUUGCUUUGUUUUAGACUUAGUGCUAUUUAAUAUCUGAUGACUUUUAUAUGGUAAGCCAGGGUACAUCUUAUAUACUACAGAUACCUUAGGUUUAAGUAUUUUUAUGCAACUUCUUCAUUGUGUCACAUUUUGUUUUUAUACUUUAUAACAGAGUUCUGCUGAGUUUUUUUUUUUUUAAUCCUUUUUUUUUUUUUGGACGAUUAAUAGGAUUGUUUAGCAAUUUCAGAAAUCAAAGUAGAAAACAAAAUAGCUAACCAUACAUGAGUGUUCUUUAAUGGUCUAAAAAGUGGUUUUAGUCAUGCAGUGCCAAGGAGUACUCUUAACGCCUCCAUAGUGUCAAUGUUGAAUGAACUUUUUACAUAUUUUAAAGUUGCCAAUUAUGGAAGUAGAAAGAACAAAACCUGUCCUUUUAUGUGUGCAUAAGUAUACAUGCACUGUGCUCUCCUGUGCCAUGCCAGUGAAAUAUUCCAAAAGAUGUAUUGCUCACUCAUAGUCUAAAGUUGGUAUUAAUUAACUUUUAAAUCGUUAUGUGGUCAGAAUGCAAAUGGUUGGUUUUUAUUCUUACUCAAAAGUGAAAUAAUGUAAAGCAGUAUGGGAAAAUGAUGGGCUUUUUAAACCUCAUACAAUUAAUUGAAGAAAGAAAGAAGUGAACAUAAGAUUUUUUAUAAUCAGCAUAAAAACUUCAGAAAUUGGAUCAGUAAGAGCUGAAGGUGAAAUCCUGGGAAACCUUUACAGAUGCUGUGCAUUGAGGGAGGGGCUGGGCCACACCAUAUGAGGAAUCGGAAGAGCUGCUUGUGGCUGGCUAGGAAGAGAGGGGGGAUGGGCCCUUCCCUCCUAGAAUGCUGAAGCAGCUAGAGGCAGUGAUUCACUUUCUUAAAUUCUGAUCAGAUAGAAAUAGGAGUGAUGUGGGCUUUAUUUUCAUUUUUGUUUCCAUUCUGUCUUAAUUCCUAAAAAUGAUCUGGCCUAAACUAUAGAAUAAGCUGAGUUUUAGAAUCAUUGAAACUCAGAGAUUUCUGUAUGUUCAAGUCGGGAACAUACCUGAAAACCAAAAUCAUGGGGAUGGGGCUGCUCCCAGCUCCCUUCUGUCAUUUCUGCAUAGUAUUCAGAAACACGCCUGUAAAUAAUGUUUGUGGAAUUGAGAUAUUGAGUAUCUUAUCAUGUAAAGGACUCUCAGGUGGGCCAGGCUGUUGGACAAUUUUCCUGGUUCAUGAAGUGGAGUUUCCUUUUUGAGUAGCUUACUGUGCUCCAAUAGGUCAAACCCAGACCUACAGUUUGGCAGCAGGCCAUUCAUACAGAACGUAAUCUUUGAACUGCCCAGAACUUGUUGCUUGUCUUUCAUUUCACUUUUAAAUGCAAAGCUCCUCCUUUGGCAUUCACCUUCAAGUCAAGGUGUUAGCUGCCACAUGCCACGUCUUCUAGCAGGAGAAGAAAACAGGUUACCUUGGAGUCCUUACAGCUGGGGAAGCUUACAUUUGAUGUGCUCCUGUAGUGUGAGCUACAAUGACGUUGGGAAGUGGCUGUGUUUCUGGGAAGUGCAGGCUAGACUUGAAUUACUUUUUACAAGGUUGAUGCAUCUAGCCACUCCCCACUGUCCGAGUUGGUGCAGACGUGAAGUGGUCACAUGGAAUAAUUUCCUCAGCUAGAGUCACCUAGAAUUGGUUUCUGGUUAUUUGUAAACAAACAGAAGUAGAACUUGCUUCCGUUUUCAGAUGGACUAGGGAAUAGAUAUAAUUAGACAGCUUUGCAAUAAAUUAACAAAGACUGAAAAGUCGGAAACUUGUAUAUACUGAAAUCUCACUGACUUUUACCUGGGGUGGGGUACCCGGAGAAGGGGGUUAUAAUCGGGGAGGGGAAGGGAAUGACGGUGUUUACCACAGGUACGAAGUAGUCACUUUAACACUGAGACCUCUGCCUCAUUGAAUUCAGGUUUUUUAAGUACUUGAAACUUCAGAUUCUCCUUAUUUUACAGCUUCUUUUUAAAUUUAUGCAGUAGAAAGCAUUGUUUUGUAUACUGUUUUGAAAAUAACUAGCUUAGUCUCUUAUCCUCUAACUUGGAUUAAAGGUGAAGUUCUGCAAAUGGGAGAGUUCACAGUAGAUAACUCAGAUUUCUUGUGCCCAUUUGAGAAAGAGACUCCUGCAUGAGAUACCAGCAGCAUUUUUACAAAUAUUUCCUAAAUAUGUUCUUUACUUUGUCAGUCCUGUCCCUAAGCACUUCAUCUUUCCUUUUAGUAGAUGUCUAUGUAGGGGGAGAAAAACAAAAUUGCACUUAUGUUACACUCCUAAAAUGCUGUAACCCAUUUCUUUCAAAAUCCAUUCCUUUUUUUUUUUUGGCAGUCCAUUGCGUAAGUGACAAGUUUGGAUGCUUGUGGUGCAUAUGUAUGAAGGGGGAGAAGGAAGAGAAUGGCCUGUCCUUCAAUAGACUGUAAGGGUCAUUAAUGUGUAAGUAAAAAGGGAAAAUAGAUGUCACAGUCAUUUAUUCAGUUCUUAGUUUUCUUAUGUGACAUUAUAUAUCUGCUAAUUAGUGAGGAAGCACCAUCAGCUUAUACUGUUCCCUUCCCUGCUUGCCAACAGAUUUGACAUGUGCAACUGGCCCUCAAGUAUCUGUCACAUUACCUAUAUAAGGUAUUGAUACGGUAUUCUUGUCAGUUUAGAAAUGGACUGGAUAAAACUUACUUUUAUUUUGUUGUCACUAAUAUUUAUCUCAUCUGUCCUGCUGCAUACCUAUGUUAAGAAAAUCAUAUUGCCACUAAAAACCAAGAUACUAAAUAAGAUUAUUACAACUGGCUAAUAAGAUCUUUUUAUAUACAAGGGUGUGUGCAUAUUUGGAAUUGAUAUGAAAAAUUCAUUUGUACCCAUUUGAGUGAUACUGCACAACAAACACAGAUACUCACAGAUUCCGUUUUCAUUUCGUGUUCUUUAUGAUGAUCUUUGUAGAUUGGUUAUUUCUGUACUUUGUUUAUCUGUAAUAAACUUUGUAGAUCCUGUGAAACGUUAUUUUGCCUAAAUCACUUGAGACUUGAGUCUUUAAUAACAGAGCAUCAAUAUUCACUAAAGUCAAUCUCUUGAGUUUCUGUGACUUGGUUAGAAGCUCUUGACACUAAGGGAUUAGUGUUUAUUUUCCCUGGGGGAGUUCCGCUAGGGCAUUAUUGUAUAAUGACUUGAUGUUGCCACAUAGACUUCAAGAUAUAUAAUAUUUUGAGAAUUUUGUUGAUUGGCCUAUGUUUUAUUGCAUAGUGUGAAACGUGUAAAGCUUGGUUAACCUGUAUAUAGAUCGCUUACUGUUGACUAGUUGUAGUGUAUUUAGGACUGCCUGUAAUAUUUAAGCUUCUUACUGAUGUGUGUGCUGGUAGGAACAUAUAAUUUUUGUAUAUUUACUGAGAUGUUGCCUUUUUUUAUUUGACAAAUACUUGGAAUUCAAAUGUGCUUUCUGCUUUCGUGAGGAUUAAUUUGGAAGGGUUUUUAAUGACAUUCCACUGAUUUCAGAAUUUGCUUGAGAUUGACUUCAAUAAAUUGUCCUGUAUGUUCCAAAUUAAA